AUGUUGGCCUAUUUUAUCAACCCCUCUGCUCACGCACACAGGCCUGCAUCAUCUGGUUGGUGGCGUGUUGCGGCUCCAGUAACAGCCGGGACCCAGGGGGUUGCCAUAGUUGCUCGUCCCGCACCUGUUGGCCUGCCCCACACGUUUCCCCGGCCUCUCGUCGAGCUCCGUGUUUCUCGCGCUGGCUGGGCACGCACCUUCUUCUUCUUUUUCGCCCGGGCAGCGUCGGAAGCGGCUCCGUUCAUGGGACCCUCAUUAUCACCCUCCGCUUGGCUGUGCUUCUGCGUGCUUGCGGCCGCGGCAGCAGCAUGCGUUGGGGGGGACUCAGCAGCAGUCGGUGCAGGCUCUUGGUUUGGGGGUCCUUCUUGUUGUCUUGCUGCCUCGGCUACGACUGCCGCAAUCUCAGCUACCCCAAGUGGUGAUAGGGAUUCGGCCACCAAUGGCGCUGGGGAUUCAGCUGACCCCAGUCCCGUCCGUAACUCCUCCGCGGCCGGACCCCCGUUCAUAGGUAGCAACGUCGCCGUCGGUUGUGCCGCUGAGGAUGAGAUUAAGUCGCCGCCAAGGCGGCAGCAGUCCCAGCACCAGGGCCAGCGCGUCUCCUGUGCCGUCUCCGUCGACUCAGCCGCUACAGCCACGUCAGUCUCCACCUGCCACGUCACCCCGGGUCCCGCAGCAGCACCAGUCUCUUCCAAACCAGUUACCUCUACCCCAGCCUUAGCUGCAUCAGCCGCCAGCUCCCCAAGUGCCGCUGCGGAUUCUCCAUAA